AGGUAAACAGGAAGUGACAGAUCACCAUUUUGCAACAGAUGUAUUUCAGAGUCAACGAAAGUAUUCGUACGGAAAAGCGUAAAAUUCGCAACAAAUUUUGUCAGAAAUGGCCAAGAGACACUUUCCAUUUUCAGUGAUGUAUCUUUCUAUCAACUCUUUCUCGUUUGGCUCUACGGUUUACAGAUAAAGAAGCAUGUUUUGCAAGGGAAGUGGAUUAAAUGCAUAAGGAUCAGAGAUCGACUCGCGCUGGCCAAGAAGGGAGGAUGCUGAAAAUAUCGUCAUUUACAUGACUCCAUUGUGGAUCACGAAAAUUGUUAAUUAAGUUUAUUUCAAAUGACAUGUUUUGUUCACAAAUUGCAAAGAUGUAGUAAGCUAAGAGACAUUUGUACUUGAAGUACUUAAUUGCGAAGGAAAUGAAAAUUGCUCUCAUAAGUCAGAUUAAAGAUAUUUGAAUCCCUCUGAUAAUGUAGACUUUUCACUUAAAAACAAAAUGGGUGAUCCACACAACCGAAAAAAUUUAGCCGUUAAUCGAUUGAGGAAUCAAUUGAAGAAGAAGAGAGAGUCUUUGGCAGACCAGUUUGAGUUUAAAAUGUACAUUGUAUUUCACUUCAAAGAACAGAAAAAGUCACCAGCCCUAUUUGAAGUUUCUGAAGUUGUGCCAGUCAUGACUAACAAUUAUGAAGACUGCAUUCUUAAAGGCGUCCAGGAUAAAGCCUACUCAUUUGAAAGUUCCCAGGAACUGCUCGAAAAAGACAUAGUUCAGCUCCAUGCACCUCGCUGGCAUCCACUCAGACGCGAUAUCCUUGGCUGUACAACAGAUGUGGAUUUUCUUCUGUGGCCAAGAAAUGACAUAGAAAAAAUUGAAGGAAGAUUGUUUUCAAGAUGGAAAGGAGAAGACAUGAGUUUUAAACCAGUCAUGGAGGAUUUUGUGUACUUCCAUGAAGACUAUGACAAACAACUAGCACGUUUGGUCAACAAGAAGGAGAGAUCAGCAUUGAUUAUCAAUGACCCCAAACAGUCCAUGUUUUUGUUUUUGGAUAAGCAUCAUAUCCAGACAACCACAAACAAAAUGACUGUGUUUAAGCUGUCCAGUGUCUGCCUAUAUUUACCACAAAAUCAGCUGACGUUGUGGGGCCCUGGUACAAUCAACGAUUUCCUGUCAACCCAUCUCAUGUGAUGUCAGCUACUAGGGCUCACUGGUGUUAAGUGAAGCCCUUGCUUUUAAUAGUUGUCAAGAAUUUGGACAGUUUUUGAUUGUCUUUGUUAAAAUUUGGUUUUCAGGUUACAUUUCUUAGACAAGAAAUAUUCAUGGAUACCUUUGCUUCAUGUGAAAGGCUGAAGUUACAAGAGAUGUACCUGUUUUUUGAAUUUUUUUAAAAGUGAUUUAUUUGCAAACAUUUUGAGGAAAAACUCACAUUGCUUUUAAUAUCACCUUUUAUUUCAAUACUGCUGUUUAUUUUUCUACACUGUAAAGUAUUUCUGCAUUCUCUUUUCUUUUCUAUGUUAGAUAAUCCAACAAUUAAUGUCCCUCUGUGAAGUAUUCAUUUGCUCUAUAUAACAAAAUUUACAGAAUCAGCUAAAGCCUCAAACUCGGUGUGUUUUUUCUGUUAUUUGGAGUUUUCUCCUUGAUUUUAUGUUUUUGUUUGCUCAGAAUUAUUAUCUUUGUUCUAUCAUUGCAAAUUUGAUUUUCAUACAAAUAGCCCCCUGAUUAUGGAAAAUGUUGUUGAAAGAUCAUCCAAAAUGAAUGAUGUCACAAAUAGAGUUGACAUUUCAAUUAAUAUGUAAGAAUGAUUCUAUAGCAUGAUGAAAACAAAAUAGUUAGUUUUCACAAAGUUACAAGAAGAGGAAAGCUCUGACAAAGAAAAUUGUUCUUCGUGAGGUACAGUCACAUUUUCAUGAUUUGAGUGGAGAGAUUUUGUAAUAUCUUUGAUAUUCUAAAUUCCAAUUCUUUCAUCUCUCGUACUUAUUGUGGCAUAGUAAUAAGGAUGCAGCUUGUGGCCUUGAGCCUAGCAUUGCUCAAAGUGGAUUCCAUCAUGAAAGUGUUGAUUUUAUUCAGGAUACAGUUAUUAUUUCUGUAGAAUGAACUACAUGAAACAAGUCAUAAAAUUUCUUCAUUUCAUUCUUCUGUAAUUGCUUUUAUUUGAUCUUACUGAUAAUAAAAGGGAACUUCCAACAACUUA